AUGGAAGUAUAUCAGCCCAGCGACCCGUACGGCGAAAGCGAAGAACACCACUUUGAUGCUUUCUGGCGAACUCUUAUCUACGACACAGACAACAGUUCACGACGAGCUACACCUUUCCUGGGUCGGAAGUUCCGCGACUGGUUCGCUGGUCGUACAGAUCCCGAAAGUCCAGACAUAGUAGGCAGCCUGAUCUUCAAGGAUCGCAAGGUCUUUCGCAAAAAGCGAGGUUAUUUGGGUAAUGCAUGCUCGAAUGUGCUUCCCGGCGAUGAGGUGUUCCCUCUUCAUGGCGGGCGGCUGCCUCGCGUCCUGCGUGAGGAGCGUGUUGUUGAGGCCAAGACUUCUGCGCUUUCUACGAAUGACUACCGAGAUGAUCAUAGGUCUUUGCAAGGCUAUCGAAUAGUUAGCGGUGAUGCAUAUGUUCAUGGUAUCUGUGAUGAGCAUGUUCGUAGGAAGCUUGAGGAGCAAUAUGUGUGCCGAGAGAUCGCAUUGAUUUGA